AUGCAGGCAUGCCCGGGCACCGGAGCCGUGCAGAGUGGUGGGUUGGAAACAAAAAUGACAGACUCUAUCUUAUCCAAUGACUCAACGGACACGGACCAAAGUAUGACGACCCUGGCAAUUAUGACGACCCUGGCAAGUAAAGGAAGGAGCGAGGAGACAGCCGGUAACUGCUCUCGCAAGAGGGCACCGGUAACGGUCACCUCCAAUAAUCACCCUGAGCAGGUGAAAGGAAGAAUGGAACUAAGGAGUUCCAAAUCCCUAAAAACAAAAGGGAAUAAGGUAGGGGACAGUGGCAGAUCACGAUCCCCUAUUGAAAUAGAUAUCGUUGGACGAAGAGCAGUUCGCAGAAAAAGCCCUAAGAGGCAGAGGAAGGCCGGAAACAACCGGGGAAUACCGCAAGAAGAAGAUCUUCCUGCAAAGAAAACAGGAAUUCCUAGCCCAAAAGAGGAGGAGGACAUUCUUAAAGGAAUGGAAAACCCGAUAGAGGAAUUCCAAGAUUGCUCAAGGAAUAGGAAGUACAAGGCAGAGGUCAAAAGACUUAUGGAGGAUAUGGAGGAAGCCCCCUUCAGAGAGUUAACUGCCUCUGUACUGGAGGCAUCCAUGAAGGUGCUAGGUUUUUCGGUUAAAUCAAAGAACCUGAAGGGGACGCACGUAAAAGCCCUACGAGAUGCUGCUGCCGCUAUAGCGGCAGGCACAAAUCUCAUGGCCAAACAUAUAGCCAACGACAAAUGUGGGGAUAAUCUCGACAUAAUCGAGGAACUCAGGGUGGAAAAUAAUAACCUAAAGAAAUCCCUGAAGGACGUCAAAAAAGAGUUGGAGGAGAUCAAAGGAACUCUCCGGAGUAUAAGGGAGGUAGCGCCUCCUGUGGCGUUGUCCCCCCCGCCUCCGAAACCGGAUGGGAAAAUAGACCGGAGUAUAAAGGGGGCACCGCGGAUGGCUCCGGGUGCCUCCUCGCCUCCGACCUAUGUCGAUGUAAAAAAGGAAAAAAUUGGAGGGGGAAGAAUUUCCCCUCCAAUUGCGGAUCUAAUGGAGGAGGAAGAGGAUAUGCCCAUUGGGGUAAUAGAGGUGCAGAAGGGCCUCAUCCCGAAAGUUACGACAAGCUCAAUGGGGAACAAAAUGGAAACCAGGGUCAUCAAGGUGGAAAGGAAGGGACCAACGAUAAAAGAGAAUAUCCCACUCAGGAAGAAAAUAAGGGUGGAGAAAACAGAGGAAAUACAGACAGAAAAGAAAGAGGACCUGGAGGAAAAGGUAACAAGAAUGGUAUUGAAGGUGCUAGGAACCCUGGCACCCCAAAUAAAUAGAGAAAGGGAGAAGAAGACCCCCUUACCAAAAGUGAAAGGAGGAAAUAGAGAGCGAGAAAUGGGCAUCAGACAGCCCCAGGUCCAAAAUCCCGGAAAGGACGAACAAGUGAAGCGCAGGGAGGAUAUACCUGCUCCAACGUCCCAAGAAGUGCCAUGGUCGAGGGUGGUAGGAAGAAGGGAGAAGAGAGAGAUGAAAAGGGAAGAGCGAGGAAGGGAAGCUGAAAGGACAAAGAGAGAAGGAAAUAGGAAAAAGGCGGAGGACAAAAAAAUCAAAAGAAAGGUCCCCAAUACGGCAGCUGUCACGAUAACAGCAGACAGAAGCCAAUACAAAGAGCUGUUGAUGGAAGCCAAGAAGAAAAUUAAUCUAAAUGGCAUAGGUAUUGACAAGCUCAAGACCAGGGUUGGAAUCACGGGAGCGUUGGUCCUCGAAAUCCCAGGCGAGGAAAGAGGCAAAAGGGCGGACAUUCUCGCGGAAAAACUGAGAGAUAUAAUGUCCGAUAGAGCAAAAAUCAGCAGACCCCAAAAAAUGGGGGAAUUAAGGUUGAGGAACCUGGAGAUAUCCACCACGGAGGAGGAAGCUGCAGAGGAAGUGGCCAAGGCAGGUGGGUGUGAAAGGACGGAAGUUAAAACGGGGAAAAUAAGGGUGACCCCGAAUGGAAUAGGAUCAUUAUGGAUCCAGUGCCCCGUCUUGGCAGCAAAAAGGAUUGCUGAGAUGGGGAAUAUAAGAAUAGGGUGGACGCAAGUGAAGGUGGAAAUGCUGCAAGCAAGACCAUUACAGUGCUAUAAAUGCCUAGAGCAGGGACAUGUGCAGCAAAACUGCAAAAACAACGCAGACAGAAGAGAAAACUGCUAUAGAUGCGGAGAACAAGGGCACCUGGCGAGAGACUGCGAGUCGAGAGCCAGGUGCCAAAUAUGUGCUGAUGCAGGUGUGCCGGCAGGACACAGGAUGGGAGGACCAGCCUGCCGGCCACCGAAGGGAAGAAGGAGAACCGCGGGAGGGACAGUGGAGAGGCGAGAGGCGUCCGCACCGAAGCCCCAGGACCCUCCUGUCCCCCCCAGCGGCAAGGAGGAAAAUAGAAAAAGGGAGGCGGAAAGUGGAGAGGCUGAAAAGGCUCCAUCACCGCUCCCGCAAAGGAAGCGACUUCCACCUCCACCACCCCCUCCGCCCUCCACGCAGGCGGAGGAAGAGCUAAUGGAGGUGGAGGAGAAGAGAGGAGAAAAGCGUCCACGUCCAGUGGAAACUGCUGAGAGCGACGAGGGAGAGCAGCCUGGUGGGAAGGUUACUAUUAGUCCAACCGACAAACAAUGA